AUGCGACGACCCAGGCUGCCCGUCUGGGAGACCGGACGCCAGACAGAUAGAGAAGCCCGGCGCUUGUAUUGCUUUCAGGUCAGCGAGAGCAGCCGGCGGUCUGCCACGCCGUCAUCAGCCUGGGCUCGCUCAAUGAUCAGUUCUUACAGCUACGCAUGGGCAACGCGGACAGCGCGAUGGCAGGGCAAUGAACGCGGCGACGCGCCGACUGGAGGCUCCUCAGAGCACAGAGCUGGUGCUGAUUUAUGCAUUGUCCUGAUCUCCAUCUUGCUCCUCAAGAAGACACGCAGUCGGCUGGUUUCAUCUGCAGUCAGCCUUGAAACUGUUGGGAGCGAAUCGGAGGACCGGCCCCGGCAGAGCGCAACGAGCUUGACAAUAGCCCAGGCCUUUGUGGGACUGUAUCUGGGCUGGUCAUCAACCAGCACGCCAAAGGCCCUUGUGCAGGAUGAUGUACGGUCCCGUUUGUUCCCUGAUAUCGAAGGCGCCACUGGAGGCCGUAAACAACAUCGCCACGACCAGCACAUUCAUGAGAGGCAGCAGCUACCAUGGGAGACGGAGUACAAUGCAUACUUCGCGCGCUUCCAGCAUGCCGUGGAGAUGGCGAAGCAACUGCUGACGGCCGCCUCAAGCAUGAAGCCGAUGCCGACGUUCGCCGUCAACGAAGCGUUGCUUCUGCUGUGCAGAUGGCGCCGCUACAAAGGAAUCUGGUCGAGCGGCACCGCGGCUCGUGUCUUGACGCGAGUGAUUGAGAUUGAAACUGUCGGACUGGUUCCGGGAAACAGCAUUGCUGAUUUCUCUUGGAUCGAUUCAGUCCAUGUCGACGUUCGUUGCUCGGCAGACUGCUGCUGGGCCAAGUGGAGCAUCGGCAAUGCGCAGGGACAGUCGCAGACACUCUUUUACGCGGCUCCCACUAGUGCUAUACUUUCCUAUACAGAACCACCUCUUUCGAAUGGGCACACUGAACCAGCUACGACUUCAUCAAAAGUCACAAUGGCAUCGACAGUGAUGGCGCCUACACCUGGAUUACCAGCAGUCAGCAAUGUACUCCCAGAUAUCUCCCUUAUCCGUCGCGCAUACCUGCUCAACCUCGGCGGCAACGGCUUCAACGUGGCCGUCUUCGCAUCCUCAUUCCCAUCAAGCUUAUCGUGGCAUCGCACCAAAGCGUGGUCAUUCAUGAUCGGUACGGCCUGCGAUCGGUUGCUGGUGUUGGGUAUGCGGCACGCAUCCAGGUUGUCGCGUUCCAUGUACAUGGUAGUGCAAUCACGACUUGCAAUGACAGUUCCACAGUGCGGUCGAAUGAACAUCAUGAUCGCCGGGCCUCCAUCCCGGUCUGGAAGGCGCCAUGAUCUCUAUCGCGGCCAUACCGCUGAGCGCAUGGGGCCAUCCGACAUCGGCUUUCAGGACAGUGGUCUGACCUGA